AUGUACAGAAGGCAGCGUGGAUUGCCCAUCAGCACGGUGGUGAUGGCAGCAGGGCUGGGCAUCUUGUCCGGGACCUACAUUUUCAAACCCGCGGUGGAUCAAUACUACGUGGAGCAGAAGCAAGGCGAGAAGCCGAUACAGAGUGCGCCUGACGCAGUAGAAGCAGCACCCAAGACGCAGCAAGCAGACCAGAAGAGUUGA